AUGAGGAACCUUGAGCGACAAGUGGGACAAUUAGCCAAACAAGAUGAACGGCCAACCAAUGUGCUCCCAAGUGAUACAAUCCCCAACCCAGGGGAAGAAUGUAAAGCUGUGCAGUUGAGAAGUGGCAAGAUAGCUGGAAGAGAAGUCAACAAAGAAGCAACAGGGCAUGAAGUGGAAGACACAAUAGACAAGAAGGAGGAUGAAAAGGCAUCAACAUCCAAAAAGAGCAAAGAAACCAAGGAUCCACUAAGCAAGUUGCCAACCCAAAACAACAAUGCCAAUAACAAGGAAAUUGUGAAGCCACAGCAAGAGGAAAGAACUGAAGGGGUAAAAUCUUAUACACCCAAGCGCCCUUACCCAACAAGGCUACACAAAGGAACAAGAGACCAACAAUUCCCAAAAUUCUUAGAGAUCUUCAAGAAGCUUGAAAUUAACAUUCCAUUAGCCGAAGCUUUGGAUCAAAUGCCAUUGUAUGCAAAGUUUCUUAAAGAAUUGAUCACCAAGAAGAGAAGCUGGCAGGAGAAAAAAACCGUGCUCCUUACUCAAGAGUGUAGUGCCAUCAUUCAAAAGGGACUGCCACCAAAACUCAAGGAUCCAGGCAGCUUCCUCAUACCAUGCACAAUUGGGAAUAUGGCCAUUGAUAAAUCACUUUGUGACUUGGGAGCAAGCAUUAACUUAAUGCCUCUUGCCAUGAUGAAGAAGCUAAUUCAAAAAGGAUAA